GCACAUAUCCAUUUCAGAAUCCAGAUCUACGGCACCUGGCAUUAGACCCACAGCUUCGCAAUGGUAUGCAAAGCAUUAGCGGCAAGCCAGCAUCGAGCAACAUCACUAACCGAGCGUACCUGGCCAGCAAGCGCCGUUGUCACUUCAGCCUGACAGAUUCCAAACAACGAUCCUUCGGUGUCCACGAGGAAUAUCGCAUAUCAUGGGGCUUAUUUCAAAGCGUCUUGACAGUACUGCGCUCUCUUACCCCCGAAGCCCGCUCCACCUAGCUACCAAGGCGUCCGUCUUGUUUGUGGGCAGUUCGCACUCCCAUCUUUGUUGAUUACGUCUGGCACAAUAUCAACAAGUUUACAACCGGGUUUGAGUUGAUUCGA